CUGGGCUGUCCAUUAAGUGCAGGUGAUGUGAAAACGGUGGCAGUCAGUAGGAGCUGGUGACCAUGGCGGAGAUUGAUGCUGUAUCAGAGGAGGCCUUAACCAGUGGCCUGAGUCUGCUGGUCAAUUUGGGUACAAUUUUACUACAGAAUGCCCAGCAGGAAGCAGCAGCCUCUCUGGAGACUUUUGUUCCUCGUAAGAUCACUACUUUAUUUGGUUUGAUCACAGCUGGGGAGAAUUUCUAUAGAAGCAUUGGAGUGAAGACAAAAAGUGAAGCAGAGGCUGUUUGGAAGAAAUCCUACCACUGUCCUGCUGUCAGAGAACAAGUAGAUGAGCUUCUGAAACUAGAGGCGGAGUGGGACUCCUUCCUGCAGAGCGUGGACAAAGGGUUGCAGAUGACAGAUGAGCAGCUUUCUGCAGCACAGACAGCAGACAGCCUUAGUGCAGACAUUCUGUUUUCUAAUGCACGGUCAGGAAAGAGUGUGACUCUGGGUCAGUACUUAGGUAAGGGUCAGAAGCUGCUGCUGGUUCUCAUUGGGCAUUUUGGAUGGCUGCCAUGACGGGACCAUGUGGCCCAGCUGGAGGCCCAUCAGACCCUCCUGGAGGCUCGGUCGGUGCAGGUCGUAGUGGUUUCCUUUGGCAGUGAGGAGGGAGCUCAGCUAUGGCUGGAGGAGACUGGGUGCAGCUUUAAAAUACUUUUGGAUUCACAAAGGAAGGUCUACAGGAGUUUUGGGCUUGGUUCAUCCGUCUCCAAGGUGUUGAAGUUUGGCUGCCUGAUGCAGUUUUCAGAGUACAGCAUCGCCAACAGAGAUUUCCCUGAUUUCCCAUAUCGCCUGUUGGGAGACAUUUAUCAGCUGGGAGGGGACUUUUUACUGGACCAAACGGGAAGGGUGCUUCUCUCUCAUCCCUCCAAAAACCCUCUGGACAGACCGAGCCUGACGGAUGUCCUACAGGCUGCUGAAGCCAACUCUACCCGCUCUGAAGAGGCACACGCACAGGCUGAAUAAAAGCUAUAGGAAAAACAUUGAUGCCACUGAGGACGACCAGCUCUUGAUGCACAUGGAUGACGUCUCAUCUUACAGUCGUUAUGAAGAGAUGCGACCGAUGCUGAACUGUGCAGAAAAGACUAAAUUGAUCUUCUUUGGUGAUGUCAGUGUUGUGAUUUAGGAUGAAACAUUUAUUCAUUAGUCAUCUAGAUUUACACUUACCAUUUAAACAGACAUAAGAGUGAAGUUAAUAUGAGGAAUAUCUGUUCUUUUUAUAAGACAAACUAUUUUAUUGAUUAAAAACAUGAUUAAAUA